GAUACUAUCUAGACAGAUUUGCUUAGGGCAACUACUCACCUGUCCAAUCAGAGCUCUUCCACCUGUAUCACUUCCCUGUUUUUGUCUAGCCCGUACAAAUACACUACUGCAUUGAAAUCUGUAUUUAAUCUGUAUACACUGCCUGGGUGAAGCAUGACCUCUCUUGCUGAUCGGAUAGCCAAGGAGAAGGACAAAGAGGAGGGCACUGGGACAAGCCAGCAAGCAGUGAAAUAUCUGAACCAAGAUUAUGAGUUGCUAAAACAAAAAUCUCUACAAAAGGGCCGCUUGUUUGAGGAUGCCGAGUUUCCAGCGAAUGGGAGGUCCUUGGGGUACAAUGAGCUGGGACCCUACUCCCCCAAAACCAGAAGUGUGGUGUGGAAGAGGCCAACGGAGUUGUGCUCUGACCCAAAAUUCAUUGAUGAUGGAGCCACAAGGACAGACAUUUGUCAAGGAACAUUGGGUGACUGUUGGCUGUUGGCAGCCAUUGCUUCUCUGACUCUGGACCAGAGAAUUUUGGCUCGCGUGGUGCCACCUGGACAGAGUUUUACUGAGGAAUAUGCUGGGAUUUUUCACUUCCAAUUUUGGCAAUAUGGUGAAUGGGUGGAUGUUGUUAUUGACGACCGUUUGCCCACCAAAGACGGGAAGCUGCUCUUUGUCCACUCCGCGGAGGGGUCUGAAUUCUGGAGUGCACUGCUGGAGAAGGCCUAUGCUAAGGUGAAUGGCAGCUACGAGGCCCUGUCUGGAGGCAACACCAUAGAGGGCUUUGAGGACUUCACUGGAGGAAUCGGAGAAAUGUAUGCAUUGAACAAACCUCCGCCACAUCUUUUCCAAAUCAUGCAGAAGGCCCUGAAGCUCGGCUCGCUCAUGGGCUGCUCCAUAGAUAUUACCAGUGCAUAUGAAUUAGAGGAGAUAACAUCUGAUAAACUAGUGAAGGGACAUGCAUAUUCUGUCACUGGUGCAGAAGAGGUAAAUUGUAGUGGCAGAAAAGUUCAGCUGGUCCGAGUGAGAAACCCCUGGGGAAAAGUGGAGUGGACUGGGUCCUGGAGUGACGGAUCAAGGGAAUGGACUUACAUCAGUGAUGAUGAAAAAGCAAAACUGAACCAUGUCUCUGAGGAUGGGGAAUUCUGGAUGACCUAUUUAGAUUUUAUCAAGCAUUUUACAAAACUGGAGAUUUGUAACUUGACUCCAGACCCUUUGGAAAGUGACGGUGAGGGGCGGUGGAAGCACUACCAGUUUGAGGGGAUGUGGAUAGUGGGGGCGACCGCUGGGGGCUGCCGCAACCACCCAGCAACGUUCACCUCCAACCCUCAGUUCGUGGUGCGUUUGGAUGAGGUAGACGAUGACCCUCUGGACGGGCAGGAGAAGGGCUGUACGUUUCUGGUAGGACUGAUGCAGAAGGAUGUACGAAAACUGCGGGAACUCAAGAAAGACAUGGAGCCCAUUGGGUUUGCCAUUUAUGAGGUCCCAGAGCAGUACAGAGGCUCUGGUAACGUGCAUCUGGGUCCGGAUGUGCUGCUGCGUCAGAACUCGGUUGCCAUGAGCCACACAUUCAUGAACACUCGUGAGAUUUGUGACCGCUUCACGCUGCCCCCGGGAGAAUAUGCCAUCAUCCCGUCUACUUUCCGUCCGCACAAGAGGGGCAAGUUUGUGCUGCGAGUGUUCUCAGAGAAGCAGGCCGACACCAGCCCAUUGGAAGACAAAGUUGUUGCUGAAAUUGAUGAGGACGAGAUUUCAGAGAGUGAUAUUGAUCCUCAUUUCAAGGAAAUCUUCAAGGAUAUUGCAGGAGAUGACAUGGAGGUGUCUGUCUUUGAGCUUAUGAAGAUUUUGAACAAUGUUGUCUCACACCGAGCUGACAUAAAGACGGAUGGUUUCAGUCUUGAGACCUGUCGCACUAUUAUCAGUCUGCUGGAUAAAGACGAAAGUUCCAAACUGGGGAUUCUGGAGUUCCACAAGCUUUGGCUGAAAAUCCAAAGAUACUUGGAGAUCUUCAAAAAUCACGAUAAAGACAACUCUGGCACCAUGAGCUCUCACGAGAUGAGAGACGCUGCCACUGAAGCUGGUUUCCAGUUGAACAGUGCAGUGCUGCAGGUGAUCGUGAGCCGUUACGCAGACGCUCAGUUUGCCAUAGACUUUGACAGUUUUGUGGGAUGUCUUAUAAAACUGGAAAUGUUGUUCAGAGUCUUCAAAGCUUUAGACAACAGCGAGUCUGGAAAGAUUGAGCUGGAUAUACAACAGUGGUUGUGUCUGGCCUUGUUCUAAACCUGUCAAUCAAGCUACAAGAUCAAGAUUUGUAUACUAAGAAUACACAGACUCAUGUUUACAAAAUAUUAAGUAUGAUGAUGCUGUGCAAAAUGCCA